AUGCGUGGCUCGCAUCGUGGUGCUAUCAGGCGUAUUCGUAGCGAUAUCAGCAAAGCUGUACCGCUGGCCACCAGGGAAGAUGGAACAUUUGGGGCAAUUUUCCGAAAACGUCUCAAAGAUGUAGCAUUUGUGGAGAGUGGUUGCGUGGUGACAUUUGAAUGCGUGGUAAUUGGUAAUCCACAGCCAACCAUCGAAUGGUACUUCAAUGAAAGUGUUGUUGUGGAGGAUAACAAACACAAGAUAUCCUACGAAAAUGAAACGCCAUCACCUCCUGGUCGGCCAGAAGUUGAGCUAUCAUCGGACACUGAAGUAUUCAUUACCUGGGAAGCACCGCAGCUGAGCCACAGCCUGGAGUGCUUUACUUACAAGCUAGAGGUUCGACCUGCAGGCGAAAACGAUUAUUUCUCGGAGUGGCGAUUGGUUUCUGAUAAAAUUGAAGAUCAGGCAGCUGUUGUGAGACAUCUGACUCCUCAGGGUAUUUAUCAGUUCCGAGUUAUUGCCAGGAAUGAAUUCGGAUGGGGCGCUCCCUCACUGACUUCGAGAAUCAUCCAAACGCAUCCGAAAAAUUCGCCAAAACUGCAAAUCGAGGAGCUUCGGAGCCAGUAUCGUGUGUGUGUGGUUUCGAAACCACCCAAAACACAGUUCGUUUCAAAAUCUAAAAAUUUGGGCGAAAUAGCGGAAGAGGAUGAAGAAAGAAUGGAAACUUCAGAACUGCCAUCGAAAAUGCAAACAGAAUUUAUUACUCUGAAUACUACCGACGAUCCACAAAGGCGUUUUCAGCUCAUUGCGCCAAUCCCCCGUGGUCGAUUUGGAGAGAUUAUUUUUGCACUGGACUCAUCAAGACAGCACGGCGCGGAUUGCGUUGCAAAAAUCAAGGAUAUUAAUGUGGAAGGUUCCAAUGGUUUAAUAGAAUUUGAAGCUAUGAAAGAAUGCCAGCAGGAAAAUGUCGUUGAUCUAAUCGCUGCCUACCAGAAAGUAAAUACAUUGUUUUUAUUCAUGGAACGAUGCCAGGAAGAUAUAUUUGAGCGAUUCACGUAUCGUGAUCAGUAUAACGAAGAACAGGCAAGCAGAGUGAUCGCACAAAUAGCCUCUGCACUUCACUGGAUUCAUUUUAGAGGGUAA